AUGCCCAAGUGUGAGCUAUGCGCGUAUCAUCAUGUGGGUAAUUAUAGGAAAUAUGACAAGUGUGGCAAGCUUGGCCACCGUACCGAGUCAUGCUGGGGAUCAGGAAAUAGAUCAGGAAGGGAGAAUAGAAACAACAAUAAGAAUGGUAAUGGGCGUGAGCAAGGAUGUUUUGGAUGCGGAAGCAAAGAUCACUUCAAAAGGGAUUGCCCUAAAGAAAACCAAGCUCGUGGUCGAUCAUUUGUGAUGGGAGCCAAGGAUGUGCGCCAAGACCCUAAUGUGGUCACUGGUACGUUCCUCCUCAACAAUCAUUUUGCAUCUAUAUUAUUUGAUACUGGUGCCGAUUUUAGCUUUAUCUCUGUGGAAUUUAAAAAUACUCUGGGACUAAAAUCUAGUAAACUAGAUGUCCCAUAUUCUAUAGAAUUGGCUAACGGUAAACUAGUAGAAUUGGGGGUAGUUGUUACGGAAUGUUCCUUACAACUUGGAGAACAAAAAUUCACUAUCAAUCUCUUACCUGUUGAGUUGGGUAGUUUCGAUGUAGUGGUUGGUAUAGAUUGGCUAUCCAAUAAUCAAGCUGAAGUCGUUUGCCACGAAAAGAUCAUUCGCAUACCACUACUGAACGAAGAGACACUGGCUGAUGGGCCAAAGUUGACAGAUAUUCCAAUAGUAAAAGAAUUUCCUGAAGUCUUUCCUGAAGACUUACCAGGACUACCACCUUAUCGACAAGUCGAAUUUCACAUCGAUUUGGUACCAGGAGCCGGACCCGUAGCUAAAUCUCCACAUCGGUUAGCACCUUCUGAAAUGCAAGAGUUAUCCACACAACUUCAAGAGUUGUUGGAUAAAUGA